AUGAGUUUUGAAGUAGGCCAGCGGGUCGAAACAGGUAGGUCUGUCUAGAUAAUAUAAAACUUACUGAAAAUUUCAGCGACAACUGGAAAAGGAACAGUUGCGUUUGUUGGAAAUACUCAGUUCAGUGAUGGUGAAUGGAUUGGAAUUAUUUUGGAUGAACCAAAAGGAAAGAAUAACGGAACUGUGCAAAAUGUCGAAUAUUUCACAUGCGAACCUAAUUUCGGGCUUUUCACCAGGCCAGCACAGUUGAAACAUGAUGGAGCGAUGAAAAAACCAGGAUUGAGGCCACCUGGUAGUUCUUCUGUAGCUGCAAGAAAAGACUCGGUGAUGAAUAGAAGUGGAACGAGUUCGAAAGGAAGUUCUCCUGGCAUUUCGCCAGCAGUUUCGACAGAAAGACUUCCGAACAAAAGUGGAAUGGGACCUAGAAGUAUGAGCAAAUUAGCAGAUCCCGGAGAGGUGAGAAACUUCUAAUUAAUUCACUCAAAUUUUGUGAAAAUCACAAUAUCUAUAAAAACCUAGAAAAAACAACACAUUUCUAGACGAUUUUCUCCAUAAAAAUCGUUAUAAUUUUUCCCCAACAAAAAUUUCUAGCGAAAAUCCUCAAUUCAACAACAAAAAUCGUCAAAAUCACCAGCACCACCAACGGUAAAAAAAACCCCACAUUUUUUGUUGUAAUAUCGCAUUUUCUUCCUUAUUUCCUUGCCCAGCUCACCAGAAAGCUUUCUAACAAAAAAAUUCAAGAGUUUUUGAUAUCAGUUAGUCGAAAUGUUGACCUAAAUCAUCAUUUUGGCUUUCUGAAUGGCUCUAGAAAUUUAUGAAAAAUUUAUUGAAAACAAGCUUUUUUAACCAGUUCCUAUUAUUGGAAGAAAUACCUAAUCCAGCUUUAUUUUUUAAAUGAAUAUCUUGAAGUUCUAGCCUAUUUUCCUAUGCCUUUUCCCCUAAAAAAAUGCACGAAAAACCCGGCGCAUUCAGAACUCUGCUUGCUUAUUGUCAUGUGUUUUCGUUUUUGUUUGCAGUCCCGAAUGUCGCGUGAAUGGUCGAAUUUGUCACAAUCCUCAGUAGCAUCAACACGAUCCGGAAUUCCAACGAAACCCAGAGUUUGUCUAACUUUUUUAUUUUUUCUUAGCCUGAGUCUAAGCCUAAAAAAUCUAAAUCGAAAAAUCACCGAAUUUCAUUCAGCAAUCCAUGGCUCCGCCGCCAGAUCGUCGUCAAUCUUUGGCUCCUGCCAAAAAGCCUUCUGUUGUUCAGCCACCAAAACCUGCGCCAAUUCAGACCCAAGCCGAAGAUUCACCUUUGCCGCCACCAAUUGGAAUGACGGAUAGUGGAACUGAAUUAGGAACUGAAACUGUGUUAUCAAGAGCCAAGAAAAUUGACGAGGUUUGCAUUUUUUAUGGAAAGAAAGUGUAGAAAUUAUGAUAAUUUUUUGAGAAAAAACCCCUUGAUUUUUUAGACGGCUCCGUCAGCUCCUCAAACUCCAGUUACAACAACUCCAGCGACUUCAAAAAUCGAUAAUUCAGCAGAAUUGGAAUAUUUGAGACAAGAAGUCAAAGAUCUCAAUGAAAAAUUGGAAAAUACUCGAGCGAAAAGGAAAGAUGAUCAUGCUAAAUUGUUGGAAUUCGAAAGAAUAUCGAUUGAAGUUCGAACAUUACAAGAAGUCAAAAAUCGAUUGAAUGAUCGAGUUGUGGAAUUGGAAAAACAAUUGUUGGGUGAGCUAUUUAUUCUGAAGAGCGAAAAUUGUCGUUUUGUGGAAAAAUCGUGUUUCUUUUUUACAUUUUUCAUAUCAAAACUCUGAUUUUGUUACUUAUUUAUUCAUAAAAUUUUCAGAUGAACGAAAAGCAGCCGAAGAUCUCAAAGCUUGGCAUGAAAACAACAAAGAUUCGAUUUCGGAACAUCAAGAAAUGAUGGAAAUGGCAACGAUUGAAAAAGAAUUAGCCGAAGAAAAAGCCGAUGGAUUGUAUCAUGAAAAUCUGGAAUUGAAGGAGAAAAUUGAGACGAUGGAAGCGGAAUUGGAGAUUUUGAAAGAAGAAAUGGGAAGUAGUGGAGGUAAGAAGAUAAUUCGACGCUUUUUUAUACCAAAAUAAAAAAAAAUAAAUUUCAGGCGCCGCUCAAGCCGGAAACAGUGUUCAAAUGAAGGCAAUCGAAACACAAAACGAAAAAUUGAAAGAUGCAUUGAUCAAGUGAGACAUUUUUAGCUGAAAAUCGGGAAAAUUUUGGCAAUUUUUAAUUUUUUCAGACUCCGAGAUUUGAGCCAACAAGCAACUACUGAUCGUCAAAAAGCGGUUGAAGAAUGUGAAAGAAUUCGACAAGAAAAUUCAGAAUUAGUUCGAGUUGCUGAAUUGCUUAAACGACAAGCUGAAAUUGCAGAAUCGAAAAUUGCGGGAUUCCAGGAGCAGGUAGGUUGAUCGCGAAAUUUUCAUCAAACAUUUUUGGGGAAAAAAAAUAAUCUAGACCACAUUUUCCUUGCGAGCCUCUCACACUUUUCAAAAAAUGUUUCAGCUCGAAUUUUCGCAAUGUUGGGAAGAGGUAUUUUUCCGCAAUGUUGUGAAGUUUAUCUGCUAAAAUUAUCUGUCGCUGAAAAUAUUUGCAAUUUUCCAAAUUUAAAAAAUGCUAUUCUUUCUGAUAUUCGAAUCCCAAAAUAAAUUACAGAUUGAUGCUGCAAUGGGAGCCGAAGAAAUGGUAACACAAUUGACGAACAAGAAUUUCGAUAUGGAGGAGAAGAUUGCGUGAGUUUUUUUUUGUGCAAGAAAAAAGUUCGGGAAAAAACUUCACAAAAAAAAUUACUUCACUUUUUUUAUCGCCAUUUAAAAAAAUUACCCAAUUAUGUUUUGUUGCAGAAAACUCGAAGAAGCCAUCGAAUUCAUGGAAGAAGCUCGAGAUUUAGACGAACAAUUAUCAGAAGUCCAAAAACAGACUGAAAAAGAUUUGUUGAAGGAAAUUGAAGAUUUCAAAAUGAAACAGCAUGAGGUAAGGAUUUUCAUUUUUUUUUUGAAAUGUUCAAUCAAAAAUUGAUAAUUUUAGCUGAAUGGUCGGAUUCGAGACGAACAAAAACAUGCUUUCGAAUUAUCGCAAACUAUUUUGAAAUUCCGUGAAAGAAUGGCUGGAUUGAACUCAUCGAUUCAGGAUCAAAAAGAUCAAAUUUUGCAAAUGGAAGAGGAAUUGCACGGCCAUAAAAAUGAGAAUUUGGAUAAGUCGAGCAUGGUUACACAAUUGCAACAAUCUUCAAUGAGAAACUUUUCCGAGGUUAGUUUUUUGUGCAAAAAUUUGGUUUGAAAUGUGCAAAUAAAACGUAGACUUUCUAUAGUAAUCCACAGAAUAUUUGAUACUAAAAAGCGUCAAAUUCAAUUCAUUUGAAAUUUUGCAGGCUGUCGAACGUCAAAUCAAUGCAAUUGAACUCGAAUAUUCACGAAAAUUGGCCGGAUAUUUGAAAGCAUUUUUGCCGGAUAAUUUCGCCAAAAUUGGCGGUGAAAACGAUUCGAUUCAAAUGGUUGUCAUGUUUUCGAGAUUAUCGGCCAAAUCGCGACUUUUUGCCAAAUUGAGCGGUGAUGCUGUAAGUUGGUUUCGAGCGAGAAUUUAUAAACAAUUAAUUGUUGAAAUUAAAAUAAAAUCUAAUUUCAGUAUCCCCAAGUUCCUGGUGGAAUGCGACGGGAACACGUCACAAAAUCGCAUAAAGGUGAACAAUGGGCUCAUUGUGCCAGAGUUAACUAUUUGUCUUAUUCUUUGACUGCCGUUUUGGGACAAUUUGAAAGGUUAGUUUACAAUUUUCAUUCUUUGGACGCAGUUGAGUCGUAAAAUGGUCUGAAUUUCCAGUGCCGUCUCUCAAACCACCAUUGAAGUUUUGAUGAAGUUGACCGAAAUGUAUGGCGAAAUGUCGACUCACGAAAGAAGUGUCGAUCAAUAUUUGGAACUAUUGAAAACAUCGCGUUUUGAUGAGAAUACGUCGUUGGAGAAUUUCGAAAAACCAAUAGUCUAUUUCCAGGUAAAAUUUGCAGAAAAAUGAGUGCACGUUUGAGCUGGAGAAAAUUCAAAAAUCAAUCAAUUUUCAGAACGUUUUCUCACUUCACAUCAGCGGCGAUGGUUUCAAUGCGGCUCAAUGGGUUUCGGAUAUUUGCUCGUCGCUUUCAGCUGGACUUUUCUAUUGCAAAUUCAAUUUGAGACGAUUGACGUUCUUCUUGCAGGUUUGUUAUUAUUUUCCCCCCAAAAAUGGCCAAUUUCAAUUCCUUAUUUUUCUAGGAAUCCAUCCAAGCUGGUGAACUUUUCAAUCUCAUCGAAAAUUUGGGAAAUGAGCUCGCCGCAUGUGAAAAUGUUGUUCUCAAAUCGCUCAAACACAUUCCAGAUUCCUCCAAAAAAUGUCUGAAAUUGGAGUCGGAAUUCACUGAAGAAUUGUUGAAUUCUGUUGCACAACUUGAUAGAAUUUCGUCGAUUUUAAGAGAAACUUGUUCAACUGGAGCUGGUCAAAUUGGUGGAAUUACCGGUAAGUGGAUUGCUUUACUUUGAAUACCAACAAAAUCCUUAUUUGAUUUUAGAAACCGAAGGAUUUGACGAACUUCGUGUAAAAGAAAUGAUUCACGGUGUAAUCGUCAAAUAUAAUGGAUGGAUAGCAAUUGAAAAUGCUUUUGAACCAAUCCGAAAAACAAUGGGAUCAUUGAGAGAUUCGCUGGAAAAUGUGCACACCGGUUUGGAAUCUGCGAGAAUGGAAAAACCGAUUCCUGAAAAUAAGGUAGGUAUUUUUGAUUUGGAGCAAAAUGAGCCCAUAUUUUAUCGAUUUUUGCCACAAAACUAUUUGAUAAAAAAUUCAAAUUUUGCAGCCAUUCCCGCCACUUCUCGAUAGAGCACAUCAUCGAAAACAAGCAGCUACCGAAGCCGAAUCUUUGAGAUGGCAAAUGGAGAAAAAAGACAACGAAAUGUUGGAACUUCGAAAACAAAUCAAAGCACGAAUCGAAGAUGUUUCUAAUUUCAAAUUACGUCUUGAAAUGGCUGAAAGUCGAUUGAAUUCAACGAAUAAAGAAGAAGGCGAUAAAGUGAAACAAUUAGAAGAGAAAAUACAGCAAAUGGUUAAUGAUCAUAAAAGAGGACAGAUUGAAUUCGAUGAAACAAUGGAUGUUUUGAGACGUGAAAUGAAGGAGGUUGAAACUGAAAAUGCGGAGUUGAAACAAAGGGCAAAUAAAAUUAGCAAGGAGACACUUUGGAAGGUUUGAUUUUUUGAAAUUUGGAAAAUAUAUACAGAAAAAAUAGUUUCAUAGAAAAAUGUUCUAAUUUUUGCAGAAUGUCCAAAUGGAAACCCGAACCCCACUUUCUUCUCAAAAUAUCUCUGAUGAAUCAGCUUCUCGAAGUGAAGUAAUUUAUCUCGAAACUCAAUUGGGCAAACAAAUGGAAGCCAGAAAACGGGCCGAAUUGCAAGUUCGAAAACUCACCGGAAAACUCGCCGAAUCGCAACAAAAACCAGCAAUUCAAUUCGAAAAAAGUUCCCGGUCUAAUUUCUGGCCCAUUAUCGAUUUUCGAUGCUCAAAAUGAUGAAAAAGAGGGAUUGCUCAGAUUAAUCGAUAAGUUACACGAGGAAUCUUUGAGAUUGAGAAGGGAGGAGAAUAAACAUUUGGCAUAUGUUCCGAAAAAUCCAAAUUGUUCGGUUGAAACAAUGGAACGAGAAAUGGAGGAGUUCAAUGAGAAACGAGAACAGUUUUAUGACCAAUUGAACUCGGUAAGCAUUUUCACAUGAAUAUUCGAAAAAUUUGGCUUCUAAUGAAUUUCUAGCGCUAAAAAUUUCAGCAUUCAUAUAUAGUUUUCUAUUGAAUUUUCAAAAACAAAUUUCAGGUAAAUCGCCGUUUGGGCCGCGCUUGGCUUGAUGCUUGGGGACAAAAAUGUCCAUUUGAAAUUCCAUCCGAACAAUUGAAACCGGUUGGAAAAAUGACUGAAAAACAAUUUUCUGAAACUUGUAAUAAGUGGGGAAUUGUUUGGUAG